AUGACUAUUCAACAACAGACCUUUGACACUACCAAUUCAACAAAAGCACAAGUCAUUGAUUUGGAACCAAUCAUCACAAGUAGUAUUAGCAUUCCAUUGAAUUCAUUCUUUAUGCUUUUGUUGAUUGGUUUGAUAUUGUUUAUAGUUUUCUUUUUAAUGAUGAGGAGUGUUAGGGAGAGUAUGAAGAGAAAUCAACAUGUCAUGAUUGGGAGUGUUAUUUUAUUGUGUCUAGUUCAGGUUUCGUCUUUGGUGUGUAGGACUUUGUAUGAUUCAUUGAAUUUGUCAAUGGUUACUCAAAUUCAUUCGUAUGUCUAUUCGAAUUUCAAUGAAAGUGUGAUUGUGGAGAGGGGAUUUGAUGUUACCUAUAUGUAUAAUAAUAGUUUCCUUUCGAAUAUUGAACAAGCUGGAAUUUCACAAGGAAGAUAUGUUGCAAUGCAUGUUUUUGGAGCUUUGGAAUUGUUUUGUGCAUUGAUGAAUUGUGUAGUCAUGAUGUUGAUAAUGUGUUUUGUGGAUAAUGUAUUUUUAAAUACUGUUCGAAUAACGAGUGGAUUGAUUUAUUCGAAAGGUGUUCAGAGAGCUACCAUAAUUGUAAAUACUAUAACAAUUCUAUUCUCCAUUACUUUGAGUAUGAUUAUUGCAUUGACUUGCAUUAUUCUAAUCUUGAAUCGUUUGGAUAUUGUUGAGGAGUAUCAGAAUUAUUUUUUCAUUGCUGGAUAUAUAGUAUUUGUCUCUCAAAUUUUGAUUCAAACAAUAGUUUCCAAUUUGUCAGCAGCUUCACUUUUGAAAAUUAUUACAAAAACAGCUUCCAAUGAAAAUAGAAAGAAAUCAAGAAAACCAAUUAUUAAGGUGAUUAUUCUUGAAAUAUUUCUCGUUCUCUGUGCAUUGCUCCAAAUAGUUUCAAUGGCUUUUGCUAUUGCUCUAUUUGAUUGGGUUUAUUUGACAUUAUUCUAUUCGAUUUUUAAUAAUGUGGGGAUUAUUCUUUUUGCAUGUGUUGCCAUUGCAUUGUAUCAUCCUAUUUUUACAGAUACAACUAAGGUACUGUCAGAUCUCAAUAAGAAUGUUGCAAAUGAAUUCAGUAACAAACAGUCUUCCAAGCAUUCAUCUCAGCUUAAUUCCAAACAUUCUUCUAAAAAGUCCAAUAAGAAUCAAUCCAUUCAUCAAGCUCCAGAGGUUUCAAUUGUUUCAGAAGAAUCGAUCAAGAUAUAA